AGCGCGAGACGGAUGUGAGUUAAUCCGAAAAGUUGGAGCUGCAUUGAAGACUUGUCCUGAUAAUUCAUCUGUUUCUGAGCCUGCGUGUCGCCUCCGUGGCUUAUAUUAGGAUUUAUUUUCCAUGUAAAUGGUGUUUUAAUAAAAUAGCUUGUAAAGGGAAGUUCAUUCACUUCACACGCCUAACUUCGGACCUCACGCGUGUUGCAAUUAACUGGCGAGAUGGAGCUCUCUGUCGUAGCGCUGUUCUGUUUUUCCCACCUCGUUCCCGUUUUGGGCUCAGCUUUUGGCAGGGAGAUGCCAGCCUCCACUAUGGAUGACGCCAAAGCCUAUGAUGACCCAUUUCAUUACGACUAUGAGUCAGUGCGGAUUGGCGGUUUGGUCUUCGCUGCUGUGCUCUUCUUCAUGGGGAUCUUUAUCAUCAUCAGCCGAAAAUGUCGUUGCAGAGGAAGCCAGGCCUCUUAAGGCUAGGGGGAUUUAAUCCAGAAGCAUUGUGAGCAUGUAUUCCUACCAAUAGGAGACAGCAGUGGAAUGGCAAGAGCAUAAAUGGAUCCUGUUUUCUUAAGUGUGUUCACAUUCACGGCCGAGUUAAUCACUUUUCAUACAACACUGCCGUCUUCUCUUAAUUACCUGACCUAUAUAUUCUUAGCUGGCAAAGUCUCCUAUUGCGUGGUAGGAAUUGCAGCCUACAAGUUCAUUCUUCUUUGUAUUUUAUUAAUUUACUUUUCACUACAGGACAUGUUUUAUAAGAACCCAUGACAUUUCCUUAGGCUUCUGUAGCUUGUAGUUAUGAAGUUUUAAGGUACAUUUCCCUUAAUAUUGUAGCAUUUUAUACAUUUUGUAAAUUCUCUUAAUCGUUUGCAAGACACUGAUUUGCUUGAAAUUAUUCAUUGGGUUAAGAGAACACAUGAUGGAUAGCUUUUCUAUCAAUAAACUUUAUUAAAUCCAA